CACAAACAGCGACUUUCAUAGCGGAAAAGGGCAGGGCAUCGAUUGAUUCUGUCGAAGUUGACGACACGCCAAGGAGAAGAAAGCUUCAUUCUUGAUUCUUCCAACUGCUAUUCCAAUUCAAUCGGAGCUUAGGAAAUGUCGUCCCUGACAUUGAAGCUUUCCACUUUGCUAUUAACAUCUCAAUCCUCAUAUACUCCGUCGUCAUCUUCUUCUCGGACGGCCUGUAUUCCGCCGCGUCACUCGCUCAGAGUUCCGAGGAAAAAUUUCAAUUUUAGAGGGAGAUUGACACUCGCCAGAGCCGGAGAAAAUGGAGACAGAGGUUCACCUAACGGCGGCGAUUCUAAAUCUCCGAACGGCACUACGAGUAAGAGUAGGAAAGAGAUUCUUCUGGAGUAUGUGCAGAAUGUUAAGCCUGAAUUCAUGGAAUUGUUUGUUAAAAGAGCGCCUCAGCAGGUAGUUGAUGCCAUGCGCCAAACAGUUACAAAUAUGAUUGGAACUCUGCCUCCACAAUUUUUCGCUGUGACGGUUACCACUGUUGCUGAAAAUUUGGCACAGCUAAUGUACAGUGUCUUGAUGACUGGAUAUAUGUUUCAGAAUGCUCAAAACAGGCUGGAGUUUCAACAAAGCUUGGAGCAAGUUGCUCUUCCGGAACCACAAGAUCGAAAGGACGGGUCAGAUUAUGCCCCAGGGACACAGAAAAAAGUGUCUGGUGAAGUUAUAAGGUGGAACAAUGUUUCAGGCCCAGAAAGAAUUGAAGCAGUGAAAUACAUUGAGCUACUUGAAGCUGAAAUUGAGGAACUUAACCGUCAAGUAGAAAGAAAAUCAUCGACUGGACAGAAUGAAUUGUUGGAAUAUUUGAAAUCUCUUGAGCCUCAAAAUCUCAAGGAGCUAACCAGUACAGCUGGAGAUGAUGUUGUGCUUGCAAUGAACACAUUCAUAAAACGGUUAUUGGCUGUUUCUGAUCCUAGCCAAAUGAAGACUAGUGUAACAGAGACAAAUGCUCAAGAACUUGCCAAGCUGCUCUUUUGGCUCAUGGUGGUCGGCUAUAGCAUCCGGAAUAUUGAGGUUCGCUUUGACAUGGAACGGGUGCUCGGUACUCCCCCAAAACUUGCAGAACUCCCCCCUGGCGAAAACAUCUAGGCCAGUUGGAUCUUCUCAUCAAUCUGAGUCUGAAAUUCAAAGUAGCAUCAUACACAGCACUGCAUUAGUGGAGUGGAGUCCUCAUGUUAUCGAAGAUGGACAAGCUGAUGCAAGAUCCAGUGCUACCUACCACUGCUGCAUGUCUGCCGUAUUUGUACCCAUGGUAUGUGUAAUUGGAAGCCAUAGAUUAAACUGACAUGAUAGAAAUUUUAUGGUAAAGCUUCUAACUCAUUUUAAAGUUUAUACAGGCUCAUUAGUUUCACAAUAGCUGCAACUCUUUUGGUGAUAAAUCUAAAAUAUCUUCUGUAAUUCAUCCAGAUGAGUGCCUUUGAGGUCUCAAGCUUUUCUCACUACAUUAUCAGAGUUGUCUACUACUUAUUGGAUUGGCCUGUAUGGAAUUUUGAACCUUAUGCACAACCUCAUUAUAGUUAGGUUUAAUAUUCCAUUCCAUUACUACU